AUGAUCUAUAUCUAUCUCUAUCUAUCUCUCUCUAUCUCUAUCUCUAUCUAUCUAUAUAUAUCUCUCUAUAUCUAUCUCUAUAUCUCUAUUCUCCCUUAUUUCACGCACCAUGUUGGAUGGAUUUUCAAUAUGACAAAAACAAGGGUUUUAAACAGCUGUGCUCUAUCUCUAUCUAUCUAUCUAUCUCUAUCUAUCUCUAUCUAUCUCUAUCUAUCUCUCUCUAUCUCUCUAUCUAAACAUCUAUCUAUCUAUCUCAUCUCUAUCUCUAUAUCUCUAUCUAUCUCUAUAUCUCUGUAUCUCUCUAUCUCUAUCUAUCUCUAUCUAUCUAUAUCUCCUAUCUAUCUCUAUCUAUCUCUAACUCUAUCUAUAUCUCUAUCUCUAUCUAUCUCUAUCUCCUAUCUAUCUCUAUAUCUAUCUCUAUCUAUCUCUAUCUCUAUCUAUCUCUCUCUAUCUCUAUCUCUAUCUAUCUCUAUCUCUAAAUCUCUAUCUCUAUCUCUAUCUCUAUCUAUCUUUAUCUCUAUCUCUUUCUCUCUCUAUCUAUAUUUAUUUAUCUCUCUCUCUAUCUCUAUCUAUAAAAUCUCUAGAACUAUCUAUAUCCUAUCUAUCUAUCUUAACUCAACCUCUCAUAUCUAUCUAUCUAUCCUAUCUAUCUAUCUCAUAUCUAUCUAUCUAUCUCAGCCUAUUCAUCUCUAUUUGUCUAUCUCAAGAUCUAUCUAUCUAUCUUUAACUCCAGCCUCCUCAUAUCAUCUAUCUAUCUAUCUAUCUUUCUCUAUCUCAGUCCUAUUCAUUUCUAUUUGUUUAUCUCAAGAUCUAUCUAUAUAUUUAACGAUCGGGAUCCUCAUCUAUCUAUCUAUCUAUCUAUCUCCUAAUCUAUCUCGGUUUUCAUCUCUAUUGCCGUCUAUCUCCAAGAUCUAUCUAUCAUCUUUUUUAACUCACCUUCCAUCAACUAUCCUACUAUCUAUCUAUCUAUCUAUCUAUCUCAAGUUGUUUGUUUUUUUCUAUCUCAGAUUUAUUUAUAUCUUUAUAUCAACCUUCUUGGAAUAUCUAUAUAUAUUAUCUAUUAUCUAUCUAUCUAUCUAUAUUAUUCAUCUAAAUGUAAAAUUCAAGAUCCUCUAUCUAUCUUUUUUGUCUCCUCCUUAUCUAUCUAUCUAUCUACCUAUAAAUCUAUCUAUCCAUCAUUUUAAUUUUUUAACUCUUUUUCUAUCUAUCUAUCUAAAAUCUAUCUAUGUAUCUAUCUAUCUAUUGUGA